CUUAACCAUAUUGUCGACAUCCAUGAGCAUGACGACCCCCUGUACCCAGUUUGCUACCAUGGUCCGCUUUCGGAACCACGACAGUGGCUCAAAGAAGAUACAGAGACCUACAGACGAGUGAGGGAUAUCCUGAUGGCACCUAUGCUCCUGAGGGACAUCCCAAUGCUCUCCUCGCACGGGCAAACUUACGGACUAGAGGCUUUCCACAGUGUCCUCAUCCAUUUCCUGCCAAAGUCCUAUUCAUUUUCGGACGAGGGGAUGGUCGCCAGGACACAGCUGGCUAUCCUCCACUACAAUGAAAAUGCGGACCGCGCGCAGUUGGAGAGGGAAGGUACGAAACAGUACCGCUUGAAGCCAUCCAAGCUCAAGAAAACGUGGGUACCCGUACCUCUAAAGGAAGAUGCUACGUAUGACUAUACAUCAAUCCUCACUGGCGAGGUGUUGUCUCGCAUAGAAAAACACCUAAAGGAGCCUGUUUCUGUGGAAAUUGGACCACCACGUGCAGCAACAUAUGGUGAAAGACCAGCUUUGGCACAAGCUGUGGAAAAGCACCAGGCCAGGUUCCAGAAGUGAGGGUUGUGACCACCUCACACGCUGACACUUCAGACCCCUCAGAAACCGUGACAAAGAAGAAGAACAAAAAAAAAGGCCCUUUUCAGGGCCACCCAAUGCUUUACACAGAGACAAGCGUUGCUUUUUGAUAA